CGUCGCCGUAACUUGGGGCAAGUCCGGUGCUUUUCCGGUCCUCUAAUCGGGAUUAUUCCCAAAAGUCGUAAGAAGUGAGUGAAAUGGCCGGGACUUCAGAAAGUCUUUGAUGACAGAAGUAAAAAGUUUACGACCAGCCUAAAAAACUCUGGACUCGAAAGUGAUCUGUGAAAAAGCUAAACAAGAAUAAAAACUAAAAUCGAAAAGUGUUGAAUGAUACAUAUCUCGGCUCUGUUUACUGGAUGGCUUGACAUUGGCGCCACAUUUGCAUCCGGGCAGGUGUAAAUAUUCAUUACUGUAGCUGGCAAAGUUGCUGCCUGCUUUUAGCAUAAUUAAGCGCAUCACCGCCGCCUCCGCCCCCACGAUUAUUCACAAAGGACCCGAGGGAAGGACAAAAAACUUGGCCAGAGCCUUGAAACUUUGAAGAGCAGCCGACAGUCAAAGCAGCUUUAAGGUCCAGGUCCUGUUUUCCACUGCCCCUCCUCGCAGGAUUCGACGAGCAGGCAAACUGCAUGGAUGUCCCAGCAUGUAACCACCUGAUGUGGCACAAAGCGGAGCGAUGAGGCGUCGGACUCUGCUUUUGACCACCACCGCAGAAUGUCCUUGUCGGAACGGAACACACCCAGCCAUGGGCAGGGGGCGGGGCCAGGAGGAUCCGCCGGGGGAACGCACCGCCAGCGACCGCCGGACGUGGAGGAGGCGCUCUCCUCGAUGCUGUGGACCCCCUACGAGCGCACGCCCCUGCCCAGCUCCUCGGAGGAGGAGGCCGAGGAGGAGGACGACGACGAGCGGCUCAAUCGGCAGCUGCGCAAGUCGCACAGCAGCUACGAGGCCUCGGCCUUGAACCACCCCCACCACCAUGGCCACGCCCUCCCCCUUUUCGCCCACCACCACCACCAGCAGCAGCAGCAGGUUCUGGACAGUGGAUCCGCCCUGCUCCUGCCCCCCGUGCCUUCGUUUCCCCCGUUUAGUUUAAGCGCCUUCGAUGAGGCCAUCGCCGGCUUCGAUCACCUGCCCAAAAUCGGAGUGGGUGGAGUGGGUGGCAGGCGGAACCGCUACUCCUUCCCUGCCUACCAGGGAAGCCCCUCCCGCACUUUGACCCAAUGGUGCUCCUCGGCCGCCACUUCGAUCAAGGAGCCACCCUCCUACGAGUCACUGUACACCGUCUCUCCUCCUUCUGCAUCCUCUAAGAUUCUCAAAUCGAAUGGGGAAGUGGGUCUCGAACCCUGUGAUAGAUCGCAACGAUCGCCAACGAAAGCAGCAGCAGAGGAUCGGCAUCAGAAGGAGAAUCAAGAUCCGGAUGAGACCAGAUCCAAGGCUGCUCCACUAACGGCUAAUGUUCCCGCAGGAUUGGGUCUAAGGCGCUCCUUCACCGAUGACUACAUUUCGCAGAAUUGCGCUCCAUUCACGCCAGCAACUGCAAUACAGCACGGCAGCAACACUGAAACAACAACGGCAACGGAAACACAAAGCCCAGCAACGAAUGCGAGAUCACAACAAAGCGAAGAAAACCCAGGCAGCAGCGCAGCGAAUUGCAUUAUCAAUGAACAGAGAGACGAAGCGGCAGCAGCGAUUGCAACUGCAGCAGCAACACCAGCAGCAACAACAGCAACAUCGGGAGGGAAUGAGGAAACCAGCUCGGCAGUGCAGGUCACUCAACCUGUUUCCUGUGCCGCCAGAGAGCGAAGAGAGCCACUGAGAGCCAGCAACACCAUAGCACCACCAGCAGCAACGCGAGCCAGCAGCAACACGAGCUACGCGAGCAGCAACAUCAGCGGCGAGAGCUCGGCGAUCAGUCUCUCGGCAACUUUCGGCGGGCCAACAACGAACGCGAGCAGCAGCAGCAACCGGAAUUGCUACUACGCAGGUAGCAGCAGCAGCAGCAACUAUCGCCCACUGUACGACAGCAGCAGCGUGCUGCGGCCCAACAAAUGUUUGGCAGAACUCGAGCGUCUGUAUGCCGAAUUUCGCGCGAGUGAAAGCAGAUUCGAGCGCGGUCUGAGCCAGUUGGACAUUGAAAACGCCAACGAGAUGCGUCUGAAUGUGCCAGCCACUGCGGCAACAGCAACUGUUGCAGGUAGCAGUAGCAACAGCAAUAGCAGCAAUAGCAGCAGCAGCAGUGUGUUCCUCAAUGUGUCCGGCAGCAGCAGCACCGACAGCGGCGACAAUCAAGUUGUCGACGAGGCCAAGACCAUCAGCAACAUUGCGGUGCUGCCAGCAGCAGCAGCAACGACUUCCAAGUCCUGCCAGCGACAGCCGAGCCUAACGAUCCAGGUGAACAACAACAGUAACAGCAACACUAACGGUAACAAUAACGGCAAUCGCGUCUCGGUGGCUUCGCCCACGAGCAUCGUCAACAACAACAACGGCGUGUGCGUUGUCAACUGCAGCUACACCCCCAGCAGCAACACCAGCAACAGCAACAUCAGCAACAAUAACAGCGUGGUUGAAAUUAAUAAGUGUGUGCCAGCAGCCAAAGUGUUUAGUGCAAGUGUUGAAAAUAAGCUAAAUAAUAAUAUUAUUAGCCCCCCAAGCGGGGAUCAGCCACAUGUUGCUGCCAACACGGCCGCAAAUAAUAAUCAAGUGCAGCCAGAUAACAGUGUGAAUAUAAUCAAUGUGAAUGCCAGCAGCAACAACAGUAAUAACAACAACAGUAGCCACCCACGCACCUUCACCUCAACGGAAUGCCAAACGGAUGACCUGUCAGCCAGUACAUCAUCCACAUCAGCCAAUCUGCAACAGCAACAUCAGCAGCAGCAGCAACAGCAGCAACAUAUCCGGACACGCGAGCAACGUCGCAAGGAGCGAAGGGAACGCCGGCAGCAGCAGCAGCAACAACAGCAAUAUCCGCAGCCACACCACCCGCGACGCCAUCCGCCCCCGCCUCCUCCUCCCCAACUGCACCCACCACCCCAUCUGCACCACCCACAUCCCCACCCACUGCCCCACCCCCAUCCCGCCGCCAUGGGACUGGCAAGGGCCCUGCUGCCGGAUAUCCUCCAUGCCCACUACCCGCCGCCCUAUACCGCUUUAUCCGUUGGCGUUCCCGUGCCCCUGACCGCCGCUGCCCCGCCCCCUCCCCCACCGCCUCCGCCGGCUGCUCCACCAACUCCCGUUGCUGCUCAGCCUCCGCUGACGUCCGUGAUAUCGACGGUACCACUGCCGGGUCCGCUGCCAGCGCCCCUCAUGAACGACGGACGCUUCACGCUGCCGCUGCCCAUCAUGCGCAGAUCCCCCUCGGAGAGAUCGGGCAAAGGCUGCUGUGGCCAGUGGUUCGCCGGACCGCCGCUGCGCGCCCUUAUUGCCGUCGUCGCCCUGGGGGGCGUGGCCUGCGCCCUGGGCGGAGCGGCCUUGGGCGCUACGGGCCUCGCCGGACCGCCCAACUCCCACCUCACGGCCGCCCUGCUAAUGAUUGGAGUCGGCGUCAUUUUGGUGACGGUGAGUGGCGCCGCCUGGCGGAUGACGGCGCCAGGUGGCCAAAGCUGCCUGGGAAUCGGACUGGGAACCAGCGUGGACCUCGGGCGAUGUGGCCGGAGGCCCUGCAGUCGGGGGGGAGGAGCCCCGCACGGACUGCUCUAUCCGGAGUUCCAGCACCGCCCACCGCCGCCCUCGUACCAGGCCAGCAUGCAGGAGUACCGGCUAAGACUUUUGCUGUUGGACCGCGAUCGCCAGAAUGGCGUGGUGCGUGGAAAUUCGCCACCGCCCACUUAUCGAUCUCAUGCGGGCAGCCUGCUGAGAGCUCCACUGACCACCCUGCGAUCCGGAAUGGGAGGAGGAGGCGGAGGCCAUGGCGGUGCCGGUGGAACCAUCAGCAGCAGCAUGGGCGGUUCCGAGUACAGUUUGCCGCCCAGUUACCGCUCCAGGAAUGCCACGCCCGCUAGUCUGGUGUGCAGUGAGCGGAACAUCGAGACUGCUCCGUCGGGAAGGCUGCUGGCCAACGAGGAUCUCCAGCUGCCGGAGCCGUCGGUGGUGGAGCAAUUGCCGGACUACACGGCGCUGCAGUCGAACACUUUGCUCACCUCGGCCAUCGUCGAGAUAGAGUCCUCCAAUCGGGCGCCAGAAAGGGAGGCCACCAGGAGCAAGAGCAAGGAUCUGGUGACCAUUGUGACCAUUUCCCAGUCACCCGGGAGCACAGCCCACAGCCAAACGCAAACCCAAACGCAAACGCAAAAUGCAGCUGGCCAGGCCAGCGCCCUCGAUCAGAUCGAUAUAUUGGCGCAUCUGUAGCGAUCACACUGAACCAAGUUGCGAUACUUCAGACACAACACUCGUUAACCCAAAGGUAUUUAUUUGUACGGAACUCAAGCUGCUCCUAAAUGAAUGUAAUGUAACCCCUAACUGUAAUCUAUAAUCGGUAAUUCGUAAUCUGUAAACUGUAACCUUUAAGCGGCGUUAUGAUAAGAUGUUUGUUGUACUUGAAUGUGUUGAAUUUAUUUUUGUAAGCAUUAAGCAGAUGCGCAGCGUAGUUAUUACGAAUUCUAGAUACUUGCAAUUAUACAUUAUACGCCUCUACCCAUUGAAGUAUUAAAGUAUCCAAAAAAAAACAAAAAUUGAACAGGAAAACAUGUUGAAAAAAGAGAAUCUCUGUGCUCAGCCAACUAUCGAACUGUAAAUACGAAAUUUCGAAUGCAUUUCUAGCAACUAAACUAAAAACUAAACUAUAAACCAGGCCAGAAACGAAAUGAAAAGGAAGAGGAAAACCUAAGUAUAUAGUGUAUGUAGGUGUAUGAGUAUCCCCGGGAUAUAUGCAUACAUAUAACUCGCAACGGAACGCUACGGUGACAAAUUUGGCGCGCACUUUCGGAAACCACGAAUAUCCAACUGAAUACUGAACUUCGAUGUCGAUUUCGAUUUCUGAAUGCGUUUCGCACAAAAACAAAAAAUAGCUAGACCUACCCCUAAUGAUAUGUAAGUUACGACACACACACACAGAAACACACAAACACUCGAAAGAAAAACUAACUUAAAGUCCUUUACCGUAAUGUGCAAGGCGACGUAAACUAAACAUGAGAAAUAAAACCCAACAAAUCGUUGAAAAAUGCCACAAAAA